ACCAUACCACACGUGUUUCUGUUUAUUUUCGUUAGUCGCAAUUUUUAGUAAAAUUAGACAAUUUUUUCCUUAAAAUUGAAAUAAAAAGAUAUUUAACACGAAAUGGAGCAUCAAUUUAGCGAUGCAGAAGAAGAUGAAGUUCCCCUUCAACCGAAAUUGCAGCCAACUGCUGAUGGACUUAUUGAAAACUUCCCCAAACUCACUGUUAAACAUGUGAUAUUUUCGGGCCUUCAAGAUGAACCAAAACCAAAAGAGAUUGAAGACGAUGACGAUGAAGAGGAAUACGAUGAGGAUUCCGAUGUUAAUGAUUAUCAGGACUAUGAUGAUUCAUAUACUGGCUAUCAGAAGCACAACACCCAACACGGUUCGGUAGCCCUCAAUUCGGCCGGUCACACAAAUAUUCAGCGCCAAACACAGAAAGUCUCGAGCUAUCAGCCCAAUGAUAAGGCAUUGCGAAAAUAUUCCAGCAAAAUCAACAUCGAGAAAUACGACCCACGGACGAAUAUGUCUGACCAAGCCGCCAAUCGCUUGGUUUCCUUCGACCGGAAGGUUGAGUCGGAACGAGUCAGAAUUAAGGACAAACACGAUCGUGCCACAGCCGAACAAGUAAUGGAUCCCCGCACUAGAAUGAUUCUCUUCAAGCUUCUCAAUCGUGGUUUGAUAAACGAAAUCAAUGGGUGCAUAUCUACGGGAAAGGAGGCAAAUGUCUAUCACGCAGUUUCAAAGACCGAACAGGAGUACGCCAUCAAAAUUUACAAGACCUCGAUUUUGGUAUUCAAGGAUCGAGAUAAGUAUGUGUCAGGUGAGUUUCGCUUCCGACACGGCUAUUGCAGGCACAAUCCUCGCAAAAUGGUGCGCACCUGGGCCGAAAAAGAAAUGCGGAACUAUCUACGCAUGAAGAACUCCGGUGUUCCAGUUCCGGAACCAAUUCUGCUGCGAAGUCACGUACUGGUCAUGGAGUUCUGUGGCAAAAAUGGCUGGCCAUCGCCUAAGCUCAAGGAUGUUGAUAUUUCGGUAUCCAAAGCUCGAGAGCUGUACCGCGAAUGCGUGGUAAUAAUGUGGAAAAUUUAUAACAAGUGCCGCUUGGUUCAUGCCGAUCUAUCGGAAUUCAAUAUCCUGCUUCAGGAUGGUCAAUUGGUGAUCAUUGAUGUUAGCCAAUCGGUGGAGCAUGACCAUCCACAUGCCUUUGAUUUCCUGAGAAAAGAUUGCACCAAUAUAUCUGAAUUUUUCCGCAAAAAAUCUGUCGCUACCAUGACCGUGAAGGAGCUGUUUGAUUUCAUCACCGAUCAGACCAUCACCGAUGAGAACAUGGAGCAGUGUUUACAUGAAAUCUCCGAGCGAAUCAAGGACCGUGACUUUGAUCAGUUGACUGCCCAGGAGAAAAUUGACGAAGCUGUUUGGCAGAGCACAUAUAUACCCAAACGUCUGGAUGAAGUUGUCCACUUUGCCAGGGAUAUCGACAAAGCCAAGUCGGGAGAGAAACCUUCACUUAUUUACAGUAAAGUUACGGGCCUUACAUCCGAACUAAAUGUUCAAACGAAACCAGAUAUUUUAGCUGGUUCAAAUAGCAAUUCUGAGGAAGAAUCUGACAGUGAGGAGAAUGAGGAAGAGAGCGAUAGCAACGAUAGUGAAGAUAAACAAAAAUUUAAAAACUCAGCUCGACCGAGGGAUGAAUCCCCGGAGUCUAAAAAGGCCAGGAAAAAAGCCAUCAAAGACGCCAAGGCCGAUAAGAGAAAGGUUAAGGUGAAAAAACACAUCAAAAAGAGAAAAGAAAAACUAGGUGGCGGAAAGAAAUGAGAGGGAGAGAGAACGAUGUAAUGUUAUGAAAUUUUUUAUUUUAUGAAAUAAAUAAAGACAAAAAUCAAAAAUUGCGGCUC